AUGGCGCCAUCAAGUCAAAUGACUUACCACAAGGACGAGCGUGUGCUCUGCUUCCACCAUGAGAUUCUGUACGAGGCCAAGAUCCUUGAUACCAGACACACCGACCCCGACGACCGCAAGAGCCCGCACGAGUAUCUCGUGCACUACAAGGGCUGGAAAAACACCUGGGAUGACUGGGUGCCACAAGAUCGCCUCCGCAAGUUCACGGAGGAGAACCGGGAGCUCGCCACCACGCUCCGCCGUGAGGCGGAGGCUGCUUUUCGCCAGAAAUCAACCAAGGCUUCGGCGAAGAAGCGAGGGGGCUCCGAUCGCAGUUCGGCCCGGGGGAGCGAGGAACGACAGAUGUCCGUUUCCGCCCGCGGGACCAAGAGAGGGAGAGACAAUGACAUAGAAAAGGAGGACAAUUUCUACACGCGUCCAUCUGUGAGAAUUGUCAUGCCCGAUAACCUAAAGUCGCUUCUUGUGGACGACUGGGAGAACGUCACGAAGAAUCAGCAGGUGGUAGCUCUGCCGGCCAAGGCUUCCGUCAAUCAAAUCCUGGAGGACUACCUCACGGAGGAGAAGACCAAGCGCGCAAGUGAAGCCGAGGUGGAUGUCCUGGAAGAGGUCGUCAUGGGAAUCAAGGAGUACUUCGACAAGUCGCUCGAUAAGAUUCUAUUGUACCGAUUUGAACGCGAACAGUACCGCGCGGUGCGGAAGAAGUGGGAGGCGUCGACCGGCGAGCUGGCCGGCAAGGGGCCCCUAGAUACCUAUGGUGCAGAGCAUCUGACGCGUCUUUUUGGUAUGUCCCUCUUUCUUCCGUCGUUCGAGCCGAUGGACAACUUGAGCUGA